GCAGACGUCGGAGCACGCCCUCUUCUCCUGCUCGGUGGUCGAUGUCUUCACCCAGCUCAACCAGAGCUUUGAGAUCAUCAAGAAGCUGGAAUGCCCCGACCCGGCCAUUGUCGCUCGCUACAUGCGGCGCUUUUCCAAGACCAUCGGGAAGGUGCUGGUGCAGUACGCCGACAUUGUCUCCAAGGACUUCCAGAGCUUCUGCUCCAAGGAGAAGGUGCCCUGCAUCCUGAUGAACAACAUCCAGCAGCUGAGGGUGCAGCUGGAGAAGAUGUUUGAGGCCAUGGGGGCCAAAGAGCUGGACCCCGAGGCCAGCGACUCCCUGAAGGAGCUGCAGGUGAAGCUGAACAACGUGCUGGACGAGCUCAGCACCACCUUUGGAAACAGCUUCCAGCCCCGCAUCGAGGAGUGCGUGAAGCAGAUGUCGGAGAUCCUGGGCCAGGUGAAGGGGAACAGCGGCUCCAACACCGCAGCCCAAGACGCGGACAACGUCCUGAGGCCCCUGAUGGACUUCCUGGACGGAAACCUGACCCUCUUUGCCAACGUCUGUGAGAAGACGGUGCUGAAGCGGCUGCUGAAGGAUCUCUGGCGGGUUGUGAUGGACACCCUGGAGAGGCUGGUUGUGCUGCCCCCCCUCACGGACCACACGGAUCACAUGGUCCGGGAGGAAACGCGGAACCUGAGCCCCAAGCAGUGCGACGUGCUGGAACUGGCGCUGGAAACCAUUAAACAAUACUUCCACGCAGGGGGCAACGGGCUGAAGAAGGCCUUCCUGGAGAAGAGCUCGGAGCUGCAGUCCCUGCGCUAUGCGCUCUCGCUCUACACCCAGACCACCGACACCCUCAUCAAGACCUUCGUCCAGACCCAGACAGCACAAGGCUCCGGAGCGGAGGGCCCCGUGGGUGAAGUCUCCAUCCAGGUGGACCUCUACACCCACCCAGGCAGCGGGGAGCACAAGGUCACCGUGAAAGUGGUGGCUGCCAAUGACCUGAAGUGGCAGACCACGGGCAUGUUCCGUCCCUUCGUGGAGGUCACCAUGAUUGGGCCACACCAGAGCGACAAGAAGCGGAAAUUCACCACCAAGUCCAAGAGCAACAACUGGGCUCCCAAGUACAACGAGACCUUCCACUUCGUCCUGGGCAAUGAGGACGGGCCGGACGCCUACGAGCUGCAGGUGUGCCUGAAGGACUACUGCUUUGCCCGCGAGGACCGGGUGCUGGGCAUUGCGGUGCUGCAGCUGCGGGAGGUGGUGGAGAAGGGCAGCUGCGCCUGCGGGUGCCCCCUGGGCCGGAGGAUCCACAUGGACGACACGGGGAUGACCAUCCUGAGGAUCCUCUCGCAGAGGACCAACGACGAGGUGGCCAAGGAGUUCGUCAAGCUCAAGUCGGAGUCCCGCUCCCCGGAAGAAGGGAGAUGAUCCCGGUCUCCGUCUCGGACUGCUUGGGCCAGGCGCGCGCGGGGCAGCGGCAGCCGUUUCCCCUGGGCACCCUGGGAGGAGCGUGGGGGCCCCGUGAAACCUUCCUUGCCAAGGGGGUCUCUGGGACAGAUGGGGAGGGGGAGCGAGGACCCCUCCCUGCUUCAGCAGCUGGGCGUAAGGGGUGGGGGCAACGUGCGCCUACCGGGGGAGGGGCAGGAGACCGAAUCUCCGGCCGGCCCCACACUUCCUCCACUCGGGCAAGCCGGAGGCAGGCGGGGAAGGGGCCCGCGAGCCCAGCUGAGCCUCGGCCAGGCAGGGACGGGGGUCUCAGGGUCUAGGAAGGGCACUUGCCUGGAGAGGCCGGUGGAUGGAGCCCCGGCAGGCUGUUGGCCCCUCGUUCUCUGCCGAGAGCUGCUUGGCCCCCGUCACCGUGGGCCACGCGGAGGGAGCGUUGCCUGGUGCAAGCUCUGCUUUCCUCCGGUGGGGGUGAGAGGAGGGGGCUUCCCUUUUCCUCUGGAGGUUGUAGGGCCUCUCGGUCUUUCUCAGAACGCUUCUAGGUGGUGCUUAGGUGUUGUGGGUGCCUGUGAUGCAAACAUGCUCUUUUAACCCCUCUUGAAUGUGCCACUGUUGCAGGAAGUGUAGCCUUUAAUAAAGGACUGUUAGCAGCAUUC